AUGGAAUAUAGUGACCCUUCUGAACUCUCAUGGAAAAGUAAAGAGGCGAAUGCGGUUCUUAGCGAUGACUUUAUUACCGUGGAAAAGUUAGGAUCGAGACAAAAACAUCAUUUCUUGGAACCUAGGGAGAAUAUGAAAUACGACUUACCUGAAUCUAUUUGGAAAAGUGUGGAAGAAUUCAGCUUUCAAAAAAGUACAGCUCGCAAAGAACAAAGUGAGGGAACUUAUAUCACGGAUAUAAUUAUGCCUUUACUUCGGGCUAGUCUGGAAGAUAUGCCUAAUGGGUGUGUCCGCUUAAGCACGGCGGAAAGACAAAGUUUGGCGAGCAAAUUUUUCACAAUUCGGAUGGGAAAAGAAGCCCGAUAUUAUGGCUUUGAUAAAACAUGA